GACGCCGUCGCAGUCGCCUAAACAGCGCAGGCCUCCUCGGAGGUUUUAAUGUUAUAUUUAAUUUCUGCGCACAAAUGGAGCUUUUGCUUUAAGUGGGAGAUGUCUGUCCUGCGCAGAGCCAAGACGUGGGAAAUCUCUGAAUCCGAGGACAGCGACCAUGACCGGAAACCAGCUCCAAAGCCCAAAGAGAGCCGCCAGGAGCGAACCGCAGACAGCAGAGACCGGGAGACGAGGAGCGCCGAGGAAGACUCCACAAAUCUACCGCCUCCUCCGGCAGGAAGGCCGUCCGGAGCCGCCUCGUCUCCUCCGCGCCCCGACGCGUCCGGCGCGCCGAGUCCCGCACGAAGACGCCGCAGCAAGGAGGAGGUAGAGGCGGAGAGGCUGAAAGCCAAGGAGAGGAAGGAGGAGAGGGAGAGGCGGAGGGCUGCCAGAGCCAGGGAGAAGGAGGAGAGGAGGCAGGAGCAGCGGAGGAGGAGAGAGGCUGCAGAUGAGCUUAGGAGUCUCCGGCCAGAGAACUGCAUCAAGAGCCUGACUGUCUGCGUAGAACCAGCACUUCUACAACACGAGGGCUCCGACAUUCUGCUGGACACGCUGGCCAUGUUGGAGUGGAGGUGUAGCGUUGAGAGCCGACGCGUACCUGGCAGCAUCACCUGGACCAGAGAUCUGCCUCAGCAGGGGGGAGACGCUCAGGCCUGUGUGGAGGAGGAGCCGCUGCUUUUGGUCCUGACUCCGGGGGACUUUGUGGACGUCGUGAUCACCGUUAAAAAAAUGGCGGACAGCGGAGGGGAGGAGACGGCGAUGGGGACCGUCCUCAGACCUCUCUGGGAGUGUCUCAACCAGGGGGCCAAUAAGGCGGUCACCAUGUUGGUGACGGACUUUGAGUCGGACCAGCGGACGGAGGAGUCUGGGGGGGGCCUCCCAGAGCAGAGGCUACGGACCAACCUGGGGAUGAAGAGUCGGGACUUGGAGGAGGUGCUUGUGUACCUGCAGCUCUACAAAAACAUCUCGGUGGUUUUCCUGCAGAGCUGGCAGGACGUGACCGACCACGUGUGCGCCGUCACCAAAGCUUUGUCCAAACGCCCGUUCAAACUCCUGACUGAGCGGUGCGAGCUGCCUUUCUGCGUGGACGGCUCGUGGGCCAGCGGCGCCCGGGUGGAGAGGGACGGCUCGGGCCUGAGGGACGUCUGGAGCCGGCAGAUCCAGCAGCUGAACCGAGUGAGCCCGGCGGUGGCCUCGGCCGUGACCGAGUGCUUCCCGUCUCCCCGGCUCCUGCUGCAGGCGUACCAGAACCUGGGGUCAGAGGCGGAGAAGAAGGCCAUGCUGGCCGGUCUGUCGGUGAAAACAGAAGGCAAGGAACGAAGGAUUGGACCGGACAUCUCGGCCAGGAUGUACCGCUGCCUGACAGCGGAGAACCCCCAGCUGGUCCUGGACUGAUCUGCCCAGCUUGGAAAGCAGGAACAAAGAAGGUUUUAAUUUUAAUAAAGUAUGAAAAGAAGCUGGAUUUUCUAACCCAAACGCCUAAUUAUGGAUGUUUACCUUUGGAUUAUUAAAUAAAAA